GCCCAAAUAUUGUUCGACAUAGCCCAAUAAGAACGAGCUUGCUCGCACAGUGUCUCAAGCUGAGGCAGAACCUUUGCUGGUUAUAGUCAGCGAGACAGAACCAUCGCCUCCAUUCAUUCAUGCCUUCAAGGGGAUCGCUGGCAUCGAAUGCUGUUUAUGACUCGCGCCUGGAAGAUUUCUGCUGAUUUCUGAUUGUUUUAUACCUCUACUUUACUUCUGAAGCAUCUUCUGAGCCAGGUGAUGGGUCUGGAAAAGAAUAUUUGUGUAUUUCUUGAUGUCUCAAUUGAUGCGGACCCCGUUGAAAGAAUUGUUAUUCAGCUUUUUGAUAGUAUUGUCCCAAAGACAGCCGAGAAUUUUCGGGCGCUUUGUACAGGUGAGAAGGGCAUUGGAGAAUCAACUGGGAAACCUUUGCAUUAUAAGGGAACAAGCUUUCAUCGUAUAAUUAGAGGUUUCAUGGCUCAAGGUGGUGAUUUUUCAAGGGGUAAUGGCACUGGCGGGGAAAGUAUAUAUGGUGGAAAAUUUGCGGAUGAAAAUUUCAAACUAAGACAUGAUGGACCUGGCUUUCUUUCUAUGGCUAACAGUGGCCCUAAUACAAAUGGAUCUCAGUUUUUUAUUACAUUCAAGCGCCAACCACAUCUUGAUGGGAAACAUGUUGUUUUUGGAAAAGUAGUCAAUGGAAUGGAUGUUCUGAAGAAAAUUGAGCUGGCAGGAACAUCUGAUGGGAAACCUACCCAGAUAGUUAAAAUUGUUGAUUGCGGUGAAGUUUCUGAAACAAAAACUCAGCGUACUGCUGAGAAGGAAAAAGGGAAAAUGAGAAAAACAGGAAAGCCCCUUCCUUCUGAUGAUAGUUCCGACUCUACUGACAAAAAGUCAAGGGGAAAAAGAAAAAAAUCUUCCAAAGACACGAGGAAAAAAAGGAGAAGAUAUUCAACAUCUGAUAGUGAUAGUUAUUCCUCAGAUUCUGAGUCAGAUUCAGCUUCUGAUUCUGAAUCGGAUUCAUCUGAUUCUGAUUCUAGUUCCUCUAGUUAUGGGAAACACCAGAAGAGGAGAAAUAAGCGCAGGCAUGGGAAGAAGAGGAAAUUUGGACGAAAGCAGAGCAAGAAAAGCAGGCACAGUCGAAGUAGAAGAUCAAAGCACAAGUCUAGGCGCAGUUAUGAUGAUUCAAGUGAUAGCUCUAGUGGUAGCAGCAGCAGCAGUUCUGGCAAUGAGAAAACUGAUCGUCGCACCUCAAUUCGUAAAAGACAUGUUGACAAUGAAGCACAAAGAAAUCAACACACAGAAAAACAACCUUCUAGUCUUCCUCGGCAAGAUCAAAUUAUUCCAGAGCAAACAACGGAUACCAAGGUUAGAAGAACUGUGGACAAGCAAUCACAUGAAGAAGGUGAAUUGUCUCCAGAAAAUGGGGCAUUUGUGAAUAACGGGCAUGAUACUAAAGCUGAAUUCAGUGAACCUGCUAAGCAAGAUGCUAAUUCAGAUGAUUCAAAGGAGAAUAGAAGUGCAAGAACUGGGCGAAGUCCUACCAGGGAUUCUGGUGAGCUAAACCAGGGACGUGCUUCGUUGCUGGCUAGUUCUGGUCAAAAAUCAUCUGAACCUGCGGCCCCUAAACAUGGUCAGAGGUUUUCAAAAAGCCCUUCACCAAAUGGCACACCUAAGCGUAUUAAAAAAGGACGUGGCUUUACUGAGCGUUAUGCCUUUGCCCGCAGAUAUCGUACUCCAUCUCCUGAGCGGUCACCUCAUGCAUAUAGGUAUAGUGAUAGAAAUAUAAGAAGAAACUUUGAUAGAAACACAAGCUACAGAAGUUAUUCUGAGCGCUCUCCACCACGACGUUAUCGAAGCCCACCUGGUGGCAGAAAUCGUCCAAGAUACCAAAGCAGGAGAAGUCUCAGUAGGAGCAUCUCUCGCAGUCCAGUGCGUGGGCGUUUUAGAGAUCGUGAUCGGAGUCGGAGCCCAAGACGUAGUGUUAGUCCUGAAGCCAGGCGGCCUCCAAUAAGUGACAGAUUAAAAUCCCGACUUGGUCCAAGAAGUGAUGAACGAUUGGCAGACAAAAGGGGGAGGUCAAAGUGCAAUUCUAGGAGCAGUGGCUCAUCUCGGUCCAGAUCCCCUGAUGCUACACCACCAAAACGAUAUGAUAAAAGGACUUCCGUAUCUCGUAGCAGGUCUAGGUCCAGCUCUUCUUCCGGUCAGAAGGGUUUAGUUUCUUAUGGAGAUGCUAGUCCUGAUUCUGGAGCAAGGUGAGUAUUACGCUGACUCAAUCCCAACUCUUAAGUCUUAGCAGCAGGAGCGACCUUAAAUUGCUGUACUUUGAUUCUAUUACGGGUCCCGAAUGAGUUAUGUUGGCCAUUUUAUGGCUUCUUAUUUCCCAUGUCCUCAGUGAAGUUCUGUUAUUGAUCCUGAAUUCAAGGACUUAGUAUUGUGCAUUACCUUAAAAACGAGCAUAUUUUAGUUCAACAAAGGUUAUCGGUGCCAAAACUUGAAUGAUGCGCCUUGAGUCA